AUGAUAGCGUUGGAGCAGCAAGCUGAGCGAGAGGUUUUGAUGAGCCGACUACGAGACGUCUGGAAUAAUGGAGAUCUAGACUGUUGCGCCUCACUUCAUGCUUUCGCGUCUGCAGCCGCAAUUUUCGAAACUCUUCCCGAGGCCACUAUCUCUCUAUCAGUGAUGAAGCAGCCUCUUUCCGAGGCCAAGUGGUUCACCCAUCGUGACCCCACGCUUGGAAGCUUGUUUUCUUGUCUUGCCUUGUUCGAGACAGGUUCAAUUGACAUACAACCAGACGAUUUGAAAGAAGUAAUGGCAAUGUCAGCAGGAAACUCUCUUUUCAUGGCGGAGUACAUUUUCAAUGACCCCAGGGACGAUCCAGGGAUACCGGUGAGACGGACAAUAGGUAGCAUAGGCAAACCAGGUGUAUCAUUUCUUCUUUCAGCACAAGGGCUUGAUUCUUUGAGUCCGGACUAUUCUACCUGGAAAUCGGUUCAAUAUGCCCCUUUCGACGGUAGUAUCGAGAACAACUUUGAUCACACGACACUUCACUUGACACUCACAGGAGAUGAGCAGCCUCUGAACAUUGGGCAAACAGGCUACCAUGAUAAGGAGGUAUUUCUCCUCGAAGCCGUUGUAAGAGCAUAUGACAAGAGCAGGUGGGUUGCUGACCUGGACCUGAAUCUGCGCCCCAAUCCUCUUGUUCACAAAUUACUGGCAACGGGUGAAUGUGCCCACGACGAGCACGAACGAGAUGAUUAUGCUGCUUUCCAGCCCCUAACGUCUAUCGAUAGUUGGGACGAGCUGCUGGACCCUCCCCCAAAUACUGGUAUUGUCCGUGCGAGAGCCAACUGGCUUGCCCGACAAGCAGUUGCAGCGUUCGCUCUUCAACAAUCGAUCCCUCUAAUCGUAGCAUCUGAGAGCAUUUGUUGGCGUUGUGUGGCACAAGUCAUGAAUUUCGGUUUAGUACUGGACGGUCCAAACUGGCUGAUUAUCUGUUGA